UGGACACAGAAAGGGGUCAGAACUACGGCAAAAAAAAGCUGACGAACCACAAUAACAAGACCGUGUGAAGUGUCUGGAAGGGAAGGGCGCUCGUGUCGAGACAGGCUUAUCGUCUCCAGGGCAGAUAUUUCCUCUCUACGUAUGACCUCACCCCACUUGUGGUCAUAUUUCUGGGAUAAAUAACCGACUACAAGACGUCUACCAAUGAAACCCUGAUCAAAAGCUGACUUGCCACCUUUGAAUAUCAUAAAUAAAGCCAUAAGGAAGAGGGCUCACUCGGGUCGUAAAAGCAGAGACCAACCCACACAGCAGCUUUGCACUGUUGACAUUUUCCUUUUUUUUGGUGUGUGCCCGGGACGCAGAGCUGAGCAGAGGACACGCCGAGUCCAAGACGGGGGAAACUAUGGGGAAAUAUUUAUUUUUCCUGGUUUUAGUCCUCUGUCUAAGUGCCACGGUCCAGAAAAAAGGCAAAAAGAAAUUCAGAGCGCCUAAGAACACCUCCGAGGUUGUGGGGCCCAGAACCUUCAAAGGCCACCCGGUGGCACAAAGCCGGGUCUCACUGAACCGGACCACAGCUCCCGGUUCGCCGCUCCCCCCUCCGAAGCUGCGGUUGCUAAGCAACAGCACAGCGGGGUACCUGGACGGGACCCUGAGCACCGAGGUCCUCCCCGUGGUCUACAUGCUGGUCAUCAUGGUGGGCGUGCCCGCCAACGUCGCCAUCCUGAGCACGCUGGCCGCCAAAGUCCGCAAGGUGUCCUCGGCCAUCCUCUACAGCAGCCUGGCCGUCUCCGACCUCCUCCUCCUCGUCUCGCUCUUCUUCAAGGCCCACUACCAUCUCCACGGCAACCACUGGGUGCUGGGGGAGGCGGCCUGCCGGGUGGUGACGGCCUGUUUCUACGGCAACCUCUACUGCUCGGCGCACACGCUGGCCUGCAUCAGCAUCCAGCGCUACCUGGCUGUGGCGCACCCCUUCGUGUACAAGCGUCUCCCCAAAAAGUGCUACGCCGCCUGGACCACCUUGACCGUGUGGGUGGUGUUCGGCGCCGCCGUCCUGCCGGAGCUGCUGGUGCAGCAGAGCUUCUGGAUCCCUGAGCUGGGCCGCACCACCUGCCACGACGUGCUGCCCCUGGACCUGGGCUCCCACGUCUUCCUGCUCUACUACAACCUCUUCCUCACCUUGGUGGGUCUCCUGGGACCGCUCGGGGUGACGGUUCUGUGCUACGGCCGCAUCAUGUGCGAGCUGCAGCGCUCGCACCUGGACUGGGCCACCUACAUGAAGACCAGCUCGCUGGUCUUCGCCAUCUUCCUGGCGUGCUUCACCCCCGCCGGGGUGGUGCAUUUCCUCCACUACGUGCAGCUCUUUGUGGACGGGACCGAGGGCUCGUACGCCGUCUUCAACGUGGCCGUGUGCCUGUGCUGCGUGCACGCCUGCCUGGACCCCUUCCUCUUCCUGCUCAUGUCCAGAUCCGCAGGAUCCAGUUUGUACUUCAACGCGUCCAAGCCCACAAGGUUGAGUGUGUCUUCUUGAAAAAACAUUGGACUCAACUGGAGGGCGAGUGGGUAUCUUGCCAACUUCCUGGGCUUGUUUUUUUGGGACCUGGCUCUGCCAUCCAGGGGUAUUUAGAAAGAUGUCCUGGGCAUGACAUUAAAGUGCAUCCGGCAGUGGAGGCUCCUCUAUGGGGUCUUGGGGCACUAGGAGGUUAACCCCUUUACUACUGUUACCCCAGGUGGCCCUUGGCAAAGGCCUAGUACCUGACUGCCCCCUAGCCAGGGAUACGGUGAAGACCUCAACGGCGGAGCAGGCGGAAGACGGUAGAUGUAAGAACUACCACAACGGCUGCGAUGGCGGAAGAAGGCACCCCCACAUCCAUGUGGGCCCAGUUAUGGGGAAAUAACAACUCAAGACCUCAACGGUGGAACAGGCGGAGGAUGAUUGCUAACCCUAUGGAGCGUCACAACGGCUGGGAUGGCGGUUGAAGGCUGCAGCAGAAAAGGGUCCCCAGUCGUCUUGGACUCCAUGCCACUGGACCCUGACCCGGAUUUGCCAAGGAUCGUGUGGUGACUGUCUGUGCACCAGUCUCCCCACGUUAAACUAAGUCACGCACAGGCAUCCUCCAUAAAGGGAUACCCCCCUACCAGGAGGACCGUCAUACUCGCUUCGAGUGACCGCCGAUACAUACAUGGGAAACUCUCAUGAAGGGCUUUUUUUCGAGGUAUGAGUCGAUAGGAUUUAUUGUAUUUUUUUUUUUUACAUUGUCACUUGCGGUCCUUAAUCUUUUCCACUGAAGGCCGGAUACUGAAAAACCAAAGGAUUUAGGGAUACAUUUUAAAUUCAAUUUCAUAUACGUAUUAUAUACCAGUGAGAGCUGAAGAUCAGGAUCUUCAGCUCUCACUGGAUCGGUUCGCAGCCGAGUGUGAAGCGACUGGGAUGGGAAUCAGCACCUCCAAGUUCAAGUCCAUGGUUCUCGCCCGGGAAAGGGUGGAGUGCCAUCUCCGGGUUGCGGAGGAGAUCUUGCCCCAAGUGGAGGAGUUCAAGUACCUCGGAGUCUUGUUCACGAGUGAGGGAAGAGUGGAUCGUGAGAUCGAAAGGCGGAUCGGUGCGGCGUCUUCAGUAAUGCGGACGCUGUAUCGAUCCGUUGUGGUGAAGAAGGAGCUGAGCCGGAAGGCAAAGCUCUCAAUUUACCGGCCGAUCUACGUUCCCAUCCUCACCUAUGGUCAUGAGCUUUGGGUUAUGACCGAAAGGACAAGAUCACGGGAAUGAGUUUCCCCCACCGGGGGGCGGGUCUCUCCCUUAGAGAUAGGGUGAGAAGUUCUGUCAUCCGGGAGGAGCUCAGAGUAAAGCUGCUACUCCUCCAAAUGGAGAGGAGACAGAUGAGGUGGUUCGGGCAUCUGCUCAGGGCCCGAACGCCUCCCUAGGGAGGUGUUUAGGGCACGUCCGACCGGCAGGAGACCACGGGGAAGACCCAGGACACGUUUGGAAGACUGUGUCUCCCGGCUGGCCUGGGAACGCCUCGGGAUCCCCCGGGAGGAGCUGGACGAAGUGGCUGGGGAGAGGGAAGUCUGGGCUUCUCUGCUUAGGCUGCUGCCCCCGCGACCCGGCCUCGGAUAAGCGGAAGAAAAUGGAUGGGUGGAUGGAUAUAAUAUACCGUAUUUUUCGGACUAUAAGGCGCAAUUAAAAUCCUUUAAUUUUCUCAAAAAUCGGCUAAUGUACGGAAUAAUUCUGGUUGUGCUUACCGACCUCGAAACUAUUUUAUUUGGUACAUGGUGUAAUGAUAAGUGUGACCAGUAGAUAGCAGUCACACAUAAGAGAUACAUGUAGACUGCAAUAUGACGCCAGUAAACAACGCCAAAACUUGAAAUGUUCCAUUGGGAACAUAGAACAUUACACACGGCGCUCAAACAUCUGUCAAAAUGUUUUAGUACGACUUUGAAGCUGCACCGCUUGAUGGAUUGUCGGCCCAUUACGGCUACCGUAGUCAGAAGUACGAGUAUUACUAUGCUGUGUGUAUAAGGACCGCAAAAUGGCACCCAUUAGCAGACAUAUUAUCUGGCAUUUUGUUUUGCAAUAUUAUGAAAAAGCAACUUUUCUUACCUUCUGGUAACUGCUGAUGUGUUUUUGUGAUCUGCAUAAGUCCUGAAAAUUUGUGCACGCCCGCUACUGUAGUCCGACAAGCUUCUUCUUUUUCACUAUCUUCUUGUUAUGGGACAUUUCUAAUAUAAAGUAGUGUAAAGUUCUUACUUAUAUCUGUCAGUAAACUCGCCAUGAAAGCGCUAAAACAUACCGGUGUAGUGAGUUUUACAUUAUUCACCCAAGGAACUUUAGUUUUUAGAGAGUUCCGGUCGGACGUUUUUUUCACGGGACACAUUUCCGGCGUUGUUGUUGCACUAGUGAGCCACGGAUGAGGAGAUGCUGCUCCGUUAUUGAUGGAAAUAAAGUCUGAAUGUCAUUAAAACAGUUAGCUCCAUCUUUUGACACUUCUUCCACUCCCGUCCUUGCACGCUACACCGCUACAACAAAGAUGACGGGGAGAAGACGCUGUCGAAGGUGAGCCACGUAAAUAAGACCGCCCACGAAACGGCGCGUCCUGAAGCGACUGUCAGAAAGUCAAUAAUAGAUUUUAAUAAUAGAUUUUAUUUGUAAAAACACUUUACAUUGAGCAAACAACCUCAAAGUGCUACAGUGCAUUAAAAAAAAUAAAAAUAAUAAUAACAAAUAAAUAAAAUAAAAUAAAAACUAGAACUAGCGCACAUAUAUCUAAAAAAGGCUUUUUAAAAAAAAAUGUUUUUAAAGAAGGGUUUUUAAGCCUUUUUUUUAAAGCAUCCACAGUCUGUGGUGCCCUCAGGUGGCCAGGGAGAGCGUUCCACAGUUCGGAGCUUUGAUCUGUGAAACAUCAUCUAUGCAACAUUUUGACCAAAGAACCGCCAUUACAUGUUAUGUAGACCACAAGGAAGUCUUUUACAUUUAGAAAAAAAUCAUAAUAAUAUGACCCCUUUGAUGCGCCUUAUGUAUGAAAAUAGACCUCAAUAGACCCACUUAUAAUCCGGUGUGCCCUAUAGUCCAGAAAAUACGGUAAUCCAGGGUUGUCCAGACUUUUACCACUGAGAAAUGUUUUGAUAUGUUUUAUUACAAAAUAAAUAAAAAUACAAUAUAUAUAGAUUUUUUUUGAACCCUUAGGGUUUUCCUCAAGUUUGGUCCUGGGGCGAUGGAAGGGUCUCGGUUAUAAAUUUUGUAUUUUUUUUUUCAACGCUUAAAUUCUAGAUGAACUUCAGAUUUAUCUGUUGAUAUAAAAUUCUCAGGGAUCCAAAAGGGCAGUCGUAAAAGUGUUAAAAAUAAGUCGUGCAUUUUUAUUUUCUCACUUUCAAUGCUUAAAUCUCUAAAUCAAGGUCAGAUCUACCCAUGGAUAAUAUGUUUUUAUUUGAUGUUACGGAAAACUUUGCUUUUUAUGGCAAACAUUUCCCCCCCCAAAAAAAUAUUUCAAAGUGGAAUAUUUUAUUGUGAAGUAACUGGAGCCUUGAACAAGUCAAUAAUUCAUAGCAGCAUUUUUGAUUCAUUAUUAUUUUUUAAAUAGCCUGCAUGGCAGCUUUGUGUUAUUAGAGUCAACAUUGCAACUUUUUCUCCUUACAUUUCACCUGUUGGUUCUUUUAGUCCACUUUUUUACGCUUAUGGACACCUGAUUAAAUGUAUCUGUAUUUUUUUUGGUACAAAAAGCGGCCUAUGUAGCAGGCUUUUAGUUGAUCUAACUUUCAGCACCAUGUUUGUACUCUAGCUGACUGACGGAAUGUUGGCAGGGGAACCGAGCUUUAUUUUAAACAUUGUAGCAAAGCCUACUUCUUUUGUCAUUUACAAAGCUAUGCUAAAAUGAAUAUGGUCAGUUUACAGUAUUACCUGCGAUGUUAGGCCAAACUAACACAAAAAGUUGCUUUAAAAGUGUGUUUACUUUUUGUUUUGUAUGCUGUGCACUGAUACAACUAAUAAAUGAAAGUUUUAACAUGUUAAUUAUUAGUGAUUUAUUUUGCUGCUUUAUGUUGUCAUUCAACGUUUAUUAUUUGAAUAAAGUCUUAAUAACUGUCUGUAAUCUUCUGGUCACAUUCUUCCUAAAUUACAUCUGGUUGGCACUGACGGAAUCUCGCCGGUCCUACCACGUAAAAGCCAAUGGUGCCAUGUGUAUGGUGCCUCACUGUUGGGGCGUGACGUCACUCAACAGGAGUUUACAAGCGAAUAUGUACGUAAUAAUUUGAUAGCGGUGUCUAUUGAAAAAUGCUACCUAAAGUUUUGAAACGCAGAUUUGGACCUCAAGUAACGCUCCCACUGUAGAAUGGCUAAUAUUUCCUCAUUUAAGUGAUAUAGAGGUAGCACAUUCUGACAUGUUUAGUCACGCUUUCACUACCGCUCGGUAGUCAGCCACGACUCUUAUUGCCGUAGUUCCUCGGUGCACAUGCAAGCUUUGUUUUCACAGAAAUUGCUAUUCUUAUUUAAAACGUGAUGAAAUCCAAAAUGUUAGGCUACCGAUAUUGGUGUCAAUGUGAACUACAUGCUUACUGUUCAUAAGAGACUAUGAAAUACAAAACCCAAAAGCAGUGAAGUUGGCACGUCCUGUAAAUGGUAAAUAAAAACA